AUGGAAGGCUUUAGAAUAGCUCUGAUGGAGUGUGGCUUACAUGACUUGGGGUUCAAAGGUGAUAGAUUUACAUGGUGGAAUAACUGGGAAGGUUCUCAAUUUACUAAGGAGAGACUCGAUAGAGCUUGUGCAAACUCAGAUUGGCUUGAAAACUUUGGUGGUUAUUUAGUUACAACAGCAGCAGCAAGCUUUUCUGAUCAUAGGCCUCUUGUGGUAUCCAUUGCUCCAGAAGGACAGAGUUUGGUCAGAGGGGAAAGACCAUUCAGAUAUGAGGCCAGCUGGGCCCUUAAAGAGGAUUGUCAUAAAGUAGUGGAGGAAGCCUGGAAAAGGUCAUGGAUGGUGUCUAAUAAGUUGGAAAUGGCAACUGAAGGGCUGAAUAGAUUUAAAGAAAGUUUGAGGACAUGGAGUAAAACCUCAGUGGGUUCUACUAAUCAACAACUUCACAAUAAGAUCCAACAACUUUCUGCUCUCCAGCAAGCUGAUAAGGGUGAGUUGAAAGGACCAAUCCAGGUUGUAAAGAAAGAUCUUGACCAGCUGCUUGAGGAAGAUGAUAUUCAUUGGAAGCAAAGGGCAAAGCAAAGAUGGCUCCAAGAGGGGAUAGAAAUACUAAAUUUUUCCACGAGUGUGAUUCACAGAGGAGAAAAAAGAACAAUAAAAACAGUAGCAGAUGAGUUUGGGUCCAUAGCAAAGAGUCCUGAAGAAGUUAGUGCAAAAUUCCAACAUUUCUUUCAGAACUUGUUUACUACUUCCAAUCCAGAGGGCAUUUCUGAAUCCUUGCUUCAUUUAGAGAGAAAAGUUACUGAAGAGAUGAAUGAAGCUUUGCUGAGAAAGUACACAAAGCAAGAGGUGAAAAAGUCAGCUUUUGUCCCAGGAAGGCUUAUUUCAGACAAUAUUAUUGUAGCAUUCGAGGCCUUGCACACAAUGAAUAACAAAAUGACCGGAAAAGAGGGGUACAUGGCCUUAAAGUUCGACAUGAGCAAAGCUUAUGAUAGGAUUGAAUGUGUUCCUAUUGCUAGGGGAAGGAUUCACAUAAACCAUCUGUUGUUUGUAGAUGGCAGUCUCUUGUUUUGCAAAGCAAAUUCUCUUGAAUGGAGUAGGCUACUGUUUGUACUCUCUUUAUAUGAAAAUGUCUCUGGUGAGCACCUCAAUAAAGAGAAAACUUCAAUUCAUUUUAGCAGGAACACGUCUCAUGAGAACAAGGAUUUAAUUCUGAGAAUAGCAGGUGCCCUUUUUGAGAUAAGCAGGCAAAAACUGAGCAGUAAUAAAGUCAAAAUGCUUUCUCAAGCAGGGAAGAAGAUUUUCAUCAAAUCAGUUGUCCAAUCAAUGGCUACUUACAGCAUGACAGUGUUCAAACUUCCUUGGGCCUUUAUAAAAGAAAUAAAUAAGUUGUUGAGGAACUACUGGUGGGGUCAGAUUGAGAAGGAGAAAAAGAUUCACUAG